CAAGAUUUGAAAAAUCUAAUUCAUAUAUGGAUAAAUAUUAUUAGUUAAAAUAUGGAAAUUUCAUUAACGAAUGAAAACAAUAAUUGUAAAAAAAAUCCAAUUGUGUUUUUAGAUAUAGCAAUUGAAUCUGAAAAAGUUGGAAGAGUUGUGAUAGAACUUUUUAAGGAUGUUGUACCUCGAACAGCAGAAAAUUUUCGUGCAUUAUGUACUGGAGAAAAAGGUAUUGGAAUCAAUGGUAAAAAGUUACAUUAUAAAGGAUCAACAUUUCAUAAAGUAUUAUCACAGGUUAUGAUCCAAGGUGGAGAUAUAAUAAAUUUUAAUGGAACAAGCGGAGAAAGUAUAUAUGGAAUAAAAUUUGAGGACGAACAUUUUGGGCUCACUCAUUCAUCAGGAGGAUUACUAAGCAUGGUAAAUGAAGGUUAUCCAAAUAGCAAUAGUUCUCAGUUUAUAAUUACUAUUUCAGCCACUUCACAUUUGGAUAAUACCAAUGUAGUAUUUGGUAAAGUUUUAAAAGGAAUGGGUGUUGUAUUAGAAGUAUCUCAAAUUAGAACAAUUAAUGAUAUACCAAUUGAGAAAAUAUAUAUAAUUGAUUGUGGUGAAUUAAAAGGAGAUCAAAAUUGGGGUAUGGAAGAAAAUGAUGGUACAGAUGAUGUGUUUACUCCUUGGCCAGAAGAUUGGAAUUAUUCUAGAUAUAUUAAACAACUUGAUUACAAAUAUAUGAUGGAAGUUAUUAAGAAGAUAAAAGAUUCAGGAAAUUAUUAUUUCUUACGAAAAAAUUAUGUAGAUGCAGGCAGAAAAUAUAAAAAAGCAUUACGAUAUUACAAGUGGAUGACAAAGACAAUAGAUGUAUCUAAUUCUAAUGAAUUAAUGAUGAAUAUUAAAGUAACCCUAUUACUUAAUCUUGCUGCUGUUAAAUUGAAAGAAAAGGAUUAUCGUGAAACUUUAAAACUUUGUUCAAAGGUGUUACAAUUAGAGAAGAACAAUAGUAAAGCUUUAUUUAGGAGAAGUCAGGCACAUAUGGGGCUAAAUGAAUAUGAUUUAGGUUUAGCAGAUUUAAAGCAAGCAUUAUUAGAAUCUCCUAAUAAUAAAGAUAUUUUAUUAGAGAUUGAUAAAGUUAAAAGAGUUAUGAAUUCAUAUCUAAUAAUUGAAAAAGCUUCUUGUCAAAGAAUGUUUAAAUGA